ACUGAAAAGCGGCUGUUUGGCACAAUAUAAUCGCAAGUGCCGAGUUCGUCGCGAAUACAGCUUGUUGAAAGAUAUAAAGUUUUUUUUGUUUUUAAAACACCAUUCAUAAUAAAAUUUUGAAGUGUAUAAAUGAACAAUGAGUGACAUGUGAAAAGGUGGGAGAUUUUCUUGAAAGGCAUUGUAAGGUUAGGAUGUAUCCUGGCAAAUGGGAUUAUAUGUGUUGUUCGUAGCGGCUUUAGUCUGCUUUGGUAAACUGCAUGCUAACUUCCAAGAUGCCAAAAUUGCAACAAUUGUUAGGGACAAUGUCGGUGAUAUUUUUAUGGCAGAAGGAACGGAAUGCAAUAAGGACACCUGCGUGGGAAUUAGUAGCGGUACAGCUUCUACAUUGGACAUGAAAAAUGAAAAUUCCCUGGAAAAUUUUUGCGAGUGCCAAUGUCACAAGCAUCUGCCGGUGUUUCGAGAAGAUUUGCGCAUUUGCGUUGACGAUAUACGAGAAUGUUCACUGGCUUCCUUUGUAAGUAGUUCCACUAGUCAGCAAAUUCCAUUCGUCUAUUUACCAUUAAAAGGUCAAAUCAUCCAUCCAAGCAAGGAAAUAAAAUUUACAGAUCUCAAAGCUCCUGUAUGUGCGGUAUCAAGUGCAAAAGUAUUAUCUGAAGACGGAUGGACAGAAUUAAGGAAUCCACUAGAUGGCGAUAUACCACUGAGGUUAUUUCGAGAUGAGGGUCGAGUAUUUUUGCAAUGGACAGGCAAUUCCCAGCAAAGGCUGCAAAUGCAAGGCAAACUAAUCUUGAUUUUUAUUUUUUGUCGAGAAGUAUCAAUUUCUGAUUCCACUGUAACGGAACCAUCAACCGUAUUUACACCUUGUGUUUCCUUUAGAGUUGCAGGAAAAACAAUUUAUAACAACCAUAAUAUAACUGAAGUAUCAUUUUUGGAUGAUAUACAACCAAGUGCAAAUAGUAGCUUUAGCAUUUCUGAAUAUUUUGCAGUCGGCAUUUGCUCAAUUUUACUGGCUUUAGUUUAUGUUGCGUCUGUAUUGUUGUAUCUUCAUAUGCGCAAAAAGCGAAACAAAAGUGAAUCAAAAUCAACGCCAAAUGAUAGUCAAAAUUUUAAUACAUUGGAAGAUGGAGUAAUAAAAAGUAAUCCACUAUUGAGUUACGAAAAGCAUUUUCCUGGAGCUAACUCGAGUUUCACCGAUUCAUCAAGCACAGUUUCUGACAAUGAUGAUUCACAUUCCGUGCAGCUCGAAGAAAAACGAAAUAAAAAGAUUCAAACCACUUCAGCCUUAGUACAUCUUCAAAAACCGGAGUUCGUUUUUCUUACUACAACAAAUCAAGACCCCCUCUAUCAAGAACCUUCUUCAAUUGAAAAGCUACCAGAAGAAAAUGUUUCGAUUGUAGAAACAACCGAACAUAGAGAAGAAGAAACGGACCAUCUGAAAGCAAUAACAGGAAACACAAGAAAAAAAUUAUACUUUAAUCCAGCAUACUUUGAACCACAGUUACUAAUGGCUCCACCUCCUGCUGCUGUGGAAUUUUUAACGAAAAUUCGGGAAGUGAUGGCUAUUGCGAAGCAAAAAAUGGCCAGUAAAAAAUUUACUCCAAGCCUGCAUAAAAUUCCAGAGGAGGAAUCAUUCGAGCCGAUUUACGAACAAAGCCGAUCAAUUCACAGUAGCAGAAAAGAUAGUGUGCUUAGUUUAAAAAAAGAAAACAGCCGAAGAAAAUCGUGUUCUAAUUGUUCUGGCUUCGAUUAUCAGAAUGCUAGUCUUUCUGUUGAACUGAUUCCAGAAUUAUCGUUACUUCCUGUGUGUCAGAAUUGCACACUAUCCAAUGAGAGUAAAGAAAAAAGUAUUCAGAGAUGGUUGGAAGAAAUACCUGUGAGAACUUGCAGUGAGGAAUGGUCAUUCAAAACUAAAGAAGAAUGUAGUUCAAUUCCCACAAAACGUUUAAGAUCACCUACAAGGUCUUUGCCUUCUUGCACUACAUCUCAAUUCUAUCGCAGUCUGUCUCCAAAGCCUGUAUCCGAAUCAGGAAAAAUAACAAAAAUUUCAUUCCCUUAUGACACAAAAUCUACUAAACCUGUCAAUGGAAAAAUUAAAAAAUCCAGGGCACCAUUUCCUCCCCAUCCUUCUGAGACAAUUACUGUAAUUCACGAGAAACGUUCUCAUCAAAGGGAUCCGAAUGGAAAACAUGUAGUAGACAAUAAACCUUCUCUCAAACCUGAUAAAAACCCAAUUUAUACAGAUGAAAUUGAGGCAUCCUCAGUGAAUAAUAAUAUAAAAGCAACGAUAGGACCCUAUGACUCAGAUAGUCUGGAGAGACUUCAACAUCAAAUGAAAAAUAUUUAUAUCUCAAGUUCAGAAAACAUAUCGCAACCAAAUGUUAAUUUAAGUACAAAUGUAAAGAUAGCAGAGGAAACAACAGUUACAAGUGUUAUAAGACAAGAAGUUGAUUCAGAAGAUCUGAAUCCACCUUCUAAUAAUGAAGAUUUAAACGAUGAUUAUCAUCUUACUGUUCUGAAAACAGUUUGUCAAAAAGUGAUGGACAGUAGCUUCUACACAUUACCUGAACUUCUUCAAAGUAGUGGAAACAAGGGUUAUAAUUUAGUAAGUGAAGUUUACGUAAAUAAUGGCUACAAUUUUGGAAGUUUACCAGCUAGUCCUAACCAUUCAUCAAAUUCCACCCUACAAAAAUGCAGAAACAGUGUGAAAUAUGUACAACCAGAACCAGGCCAACUUUUAAUUGAAGUUGAAGAUUGCCCAGAUAAUUAUAUAAAAGUAGAUGAGCAAGAUUUCGAACCAGAUACAUUAGAUCGAAAGCCAAGUAAAAAUUAUACAAAUAAUGAAACACUUUGUAGUGAAAAUGAAAACAAGAAAACUAGUAAAAUCCUCCUUAAAACGACAGGAAGUUUUAAAACAGAUAAUAACCGACUUGAUGCAUACGAAAUGGACAAUAAAUCACUCUUAUCCAGAAAUUUCGGAAGUCUACGUCAAAUUUAUCAAGAGAAAUCCAUGUUGAAAUCAAACGAUUCACAUCAAAAUUCGUUAGAUUGUAGUGAUAAGACCUAUAAACACGAAGGAGCCCUACUGACAUUAGAAGAACGUCAUGCAAAACGACAAAGGCGUUUCACAUUUGCAGGUUGUUCCAAUGUUCCCCCAGAUGUGAUACCACCUUCAAGUCACAACUCUUUGUAUGAUUUCCCGAGACCACCUUACGAGCCACAUCCAGAAUUAUCUCCAGUCAUUACAAAUGAAAAGUUAUCUAAAAAUUGUUCUCAAAUAAAUAGCAUACACCAAAAAGAAAUUUAUUCAAACUGUAAGGAAGGUCUAUUUUGUAAUGAGUUUGCUAACAAUGAUGACAUUAUUUGCAACGGAGUUUCUCAAGCAGCGAUCCAGAUAAAUGAUUUAUACGAUGAGAUAAAAAUUCCAAUGAAGGUAGAGCAUGUAGUGUAUAACAUCCGUCAACUAAAUACAAAUUCUAACCUUAGUGAUAUUUUUACUACAAAAAAUAUAACAAAGCCUGAAGAUUCUGGAUAUUUGAGUACGGAUUCCAAUUGUAAUUUAAAAAAAGCGGAAUGUUUUGAUAUCUCAGUAGAAAAUGAUGAAGGUGAAAGUGAAACGGACGAUAGUUUAGCGGAUGGACAAAGUGAAUCGGGUGCAGAAAGCGUAGAAACGCAUUCCGUAUUUUUCGGAAGUUAUCACGGAAGUUCUUUUUGCAUUCGAGAUUCGGCUGAUAGUGGUGUUGGUUUUGAUAUUAGAAGCAGUGAAAAUUUAUUUUCUUUGGGGGAUGAAGAUGAUGAAAGUGAUUCAGAAGCAAUGAGCUACGCUACAGUUGUACCUGUUGAAAGUAUUUCCUAACUGCUAUAAUAAAUUAUAUUGACCUUACCUUGAUGAAAAUACACAUUUAAGAAAUAUAUAGGAUAAAAAUCACUACAAAUUUUCACGUUUAUGAAAAUUUGUUAUGAUUAUAUGUAUUUCUUAAUAAACUAUUUUUACAGCCUUUCUCAUGAGUUAAAAAAGGAAAAUAAACUGAAUUAUAUUACAUACAGUUAAAACGUAGUUAUCCACACGAUUCUUGCCAUUAAUCAAAAUUUAUUAGAUUCAUCGAUAUAUUCCCACAAGUUUAAAGAAUAUUUAUUUUCAUAAUUUAUUACUUCUCAAAUAUGAAUUGAAAUCUUCUCUCAUUAUUUGUUUGUUAUUUUUCGGAAUUAUUUCCUCUGCGAUGACCAUCUCGCAUCCCAACUUUAUCAAAAAACCUAAUUUCAACUAUUUGGGUCUAUACGUUUUUACGUGUAAUUACUAGGUAACCUUAAAACGAAUUGAAGUAUAGUUAUUGUGUCACAUUGAUUCUGAUAUCAAAGAUGGAAGUGACGGAAAAAGGAAAAGUAAUGAAUAACAUUGUUUUUUCCUAAUUUUCAAUGUUUUCAACUUUUAUUAUCUUACGUUAAAUAAUAGAUGUUCAAAGAUUACUUAAACAUUAAACAUUUCUCAGAAACAAAUUCUACACCGACACAUUGUUAUGUAUUAAA